AUGGCAGCUUGGCAUCAUCUCGACACAAUGGCUCUCAAAGCCUCUGCCCGCGGCCCCGCCCUCAUACUCUUCACAGCGUUUGGCCUGCUCCUCACGGGGGCCGUCUUUCUGGUCUUCUCUACGGCUCUCUCCGCUGGAGUGCUCUCCCCUGCCCGCGCGCUCGCUUUCUCCCCUCACACGAACUUUCCAUCGGUCUCCCUAGCUGGUUUGUUUAUAACCACGCAACGUUCCAAGCUACCAGAAGCGCUCCAGGAGUCAGCCAAUCAAGCAGAAUUAUCGCUAAGGAACGGGAGCGUAGCUGAGAGCACAGAGGCCGUCGAUCUGAUGCUCCCCUCAGAUCCAAAGGCCAGGGUUGACAUCCUUAUCUCACAGUUAGAUGAAGGAACUAGAGCGAAGACUGCUUUGGACCGCGGAGUUGCAGAAAGGAGUGAACGCUCCAUUGCGCGGCUAAGGGGGUCCAAAGACGAAUUGGUUGGAGCGCCAGCCAAAGCGUCUUCCGUAGCUGAGUUGACGGAGACCGCAAACCUGACCGAUGAAGCAGUGCUAGAAUCAGUGAAGAACUCCACUUUAGGGUCUGCUGGGGAGCUUAAUCAAACCGAUGAAAUUAGCAAGAACGCGGUCAGCAAUAUGCUCAACGGCCCUGACGCCGACGAGCUCUUUGAAGCCUACCUAAACGCAAAGGCGCUCGCCGUUGAUCAGAAGACUGAGAAGGGACCCGUUUCUAAGAUAGCGUUCUUAUUCUUGACUCGGGGUCCCCUGUUCCAUGAGCGCCUGUGGCAGCGCUAUUUCGAGGGGAACGAGAAUCGGUACUCGAUCUACGUCCAUGCAUCAAAAGAUGGAUUCGUGUACAACGAAACCACGUCUCAAGCGCAGGUCUUCCACGACCGGCAGAUCAAGAGCAUAAAGGUUACAUGGGGCGGCCUCAACAUGGUGCGGGCAGAGAGGCGGUUACUGGCGCAAGCGUUGAUCGAUCGCAACAACGAGCGAUUCGUCCUGGUUUCCGAGUCGUGCAUCCCCAUCAGAAGCUUCGACUACACGUAUAAGUACCUCUUUGAGCUGGACAAGAGCUUCAUUUCCAGCUUUCAUACGACGUGGCGGUAUAAAAACGGGUUUGGGCCGAUCGUCCAAAAGCACCAGUGGCGGAAAGGGGCGCAGGCAAGAGACUCUCCGGCCAAUCAUUUCUUCCUGACACGUGGCAGUAUUACGUUCUUCUUAGGAUCUAAUCAAGUAUCCAAGUACUGUGUACACACUGUUAACACAGACAGUGAUGCCUGUUCCAAAGCUCCUGGAACGAGCGCAUUGAGCGAGAGUAACAAGCCUCGCUUUCAUUGGUUUACGCUGACGCGGCCGCACGCGCGCCUGGUGGUGGGAGAUGCCGAAAUGCUGAACCGUCUCCAGUCGUCGAAAGCACAGAUCGCGGACGAGCAUUACAUUCAAACGUUACUGCCGAUGAAAGAUUCCGAGGGCUUGGUGCCCCGCCCGGUUACUUACGCGGCGUGGAUGAAGCGCAAGGCGAGCCACCCACACACCUUCAUCCGAAACAUGACCAGCCUCGCUGCCAUCCGGGAGAUUCAGGCCAUGACUCGACCCGUGGAAGAAGACUCGUCGUACGGGAAGGGCAGGCACGUCUUCGACGAGUGCGCCGAAACGGGCACCCUCCGGCCGUGCUACCUGUUUGCACGGAAGUUCACCAAAGACACAACCAGGGUUCUGCUGCCGUUGGCGGACGAAAUGUGGGCGGGACCGGAAAGCGGAUCAUGA